CCUUACAAUCUCAAUCGCCUCCCCUCACAUACAUACAGCUGCUGCUUUUGCGGAACUGAAGUGGUGGUGUGAAGUGAUCAACAUUUUUUGGAACAUUUAAUUUACACUCAAAUGACCUCACAAAACUGAACGAAACCAAGUUGCGUUUAUUUUCAAGUGUUUAAUUGUUCUUACUUUAGCGAUUGUCACAGGAAACCCCCUACGAAUAUGGCCUCGGGAAGACCCAUUAAGUGUGUUGUAGUCGGCGACGGAACGGUCGGCAAGACUUGCAUGCUCAUUUCAUACACUACCGACAGCUUUCCCGGCGAAUACGUUCCCACGGUGUUCGAUAACUAUUCCGCACCGAUGGUAGUGGACGGAGUGCAAGUUUCGCUGGGACUGUGGGAUACGGCUGGACAGGAGGACUACGACCGGUUACGACCACUCUCGUACCCACAGACUGACGUGUUUCUCAUCUGCUUCAGCGUUGCCAGCCCAUCCUCGUUUGAAAAUGUGACUUCCAAAUGGUACCCAGAAAUCAAACAUCACUGCCCGGAUGCACCAAUUAUUCUAGUUGGAACCAAGAUUGAUUUGCGCGAGGACCGGGAAACUCUCAGCGCACUAGCCGAGCAGGGCCUGUCGGCGCUCAAACGGGAACAGGGACAAAAACUAGCCAACAAAGUACGCGCCGUCAAGUAUAUGGAAUGUUCAGCACUGACCCAGCGUGGCCUCAAACAGGUAUUCGACGAGGCCGUACGGGCUGUACUCCGACCGGAACCCCUCAAACGACGUCAACGAAAGUGUGUUGUGAUGUAAUGAAUCUGUCUCCUGUCUGUCUUCUGCUAGUUUGAUAGUGUCACACACACUACCCGACGCUCUCUAUUGUACAUAGGUUAAAUGGAGUAAACAAACACACACAACACUCAAAAUUUGAACAACAAAACAGCUCCUUAGUUCAAAUAGACAACUCAUUUCGUAAAAAUCUUUACAACAUUUUUUUUAUAACAUAAAAAUGUAAAGAACAAUAAGUGUCAGAACUAUGCUAUUUGAAAUUUCUCAACCACACAACUGAAAAAAAAACUUUUGAACCUUUAUAUUUUGUGCCAUCGCAACGAAUGUCAACAAAAGUAAUGUACAUUCAUGAAACAAAA